AUGUCAAGUUCCUGUGAUGAGUCUGUGGUGUCUGCUGAAGAAAUAACUGACAGCUUCUGGGAGGUGGGGAAUUACAAGCGGACAGUGAAGCGGAUUGAUGAUGGAUAUCGGCUUUGCAAUGAUUUGAUGAACUGUGUCCAUGAACGGGCCAAGAUUGAGAAGGCAUAUGCUCAACAGCUGGUUGAUUGGGCCAAGAGGUGGAGGCAACUGAUAGAGAAAGGUCCCCAGUAUGGCAGUUUGGAAAAAGCAUGGAUGGCCAUAAUGACAGAGGCUGACAAAGUGAGCGAGCUACACCAGGAAGUUAAAAAUAGCCUACUGAAUGAUGACUUUGAAAAGGUGAAGAACUGGCAGAAGGAUGCCUUCCACAAACAGAUCAUGGGAGGCUUCAAGGAGGCCAAGGAGGCAGAAGACGGUUUUCGGAAAGCACAGAAACCCUGGGCCAAGAAGAUGAAGGAGCUGGAAACAGCCAAGAAAGUAUAUCACUUGGCAUGCAAGGAGGAGAAGCUCGCCAUGACCCGGGAAGCUAAUAGCAAGGCUGAGCAAUCUAUUACCCCAGACCAGCAGAAGAAGCUUCAAGACAAAGUGGAAAAAUGCAAGCAAGAUGUUCAAAAGGCUCUGGAGAAGUAUGAGAAGGUUGUGGAGGAGGUGAAUAAGAGCACCCCACAGUAUAUGGAGAGCAUGGAGCAGGUCUUUGAGCAAUGCCAGCAGUUUGAAGAGAAGAGACUUAAUUUCCUGAAAGAGGUGCUGUUAGACAUCAAGCGGCACCUGAAUCUGGCAGAGAACAGCAGCUAUUCUAAAGUCUACCGUGAGCUGGAGCAGACCAUUCGUAUGGCUGAUGCACAAGAAGACCUUCGGUGGUUCCGCAACACCAGUGGUCCUGGGAUGCCUAUGAACUGGCCUCAGUUAGAAGAGUGGAAUCCAGAUGCAGCACAAACAAUAACCCGAAGAGAGAAAUUGAAAAAGAAUGAAGGAGGCAACACACCCAAUGCCAAUAUAUCAGGGAUUUAUGCAGUAAUAUCACUACUUAUGAUGCCAUAUUCCAUUACCAGUGUCAGCAGUUAUGAACGUGGCCAAGCCUACGCUGCAGAAUGGUCAGACGAUGAGGGUGGCAACACUUAUAACUCCAAUGAAGCCAAUGGCGGUGCCAAUUCCUUUGAAGAAGAAACAGCUGGGAAAGGUGUGCGUGUACGAGCUCUGUAUGAUUAUGAUGGGCAAGAGCAGGAUGAGCUGAGUUUCAAAGCAGGUGAUGAACUAACCAAAUUAGGUGAAGAAGAUGAACAAGGGUGGUGCAAAGGACGUCUGGACAACGGGCAACUUGGUCUUUAUCCAGCUAACUACGUGGAGUCUAUCUAA